CUGUGAUGGUUGCAGGGGGCCCUGAGCUAACUGCAUCUGACGGACGUGCCUCACGAGAGGUGCCGCCUUGCUGGGAUGCUGCGGAAAAGUGGAUGUUUGUUGGUUCGAGUGGGCGUGGGAAUAUAGCCAUUUUCUAUCAAUUUGACGCCUCAAAGCCUUGCAAGCCAAGAUGAAAAGAAGUGGUUUGCUCUGCUUGACAUUGUCCAUACCAAAUACUUAAGUGCUACAAGGUCCGUCAUGUUUGCGCUGAAAUCCUACAUCCGAUCAGCUUACUGACCUUACUUUUUCUACUCCAACUGAAAGUCGCUUGAUGCAAUUUGAUCCUAAUACAGCAUCACCGCAACUUCACCAUGGGGACCAGUGGCUUUGUCUUCAAGCAUGUCUUCUCCCUUUUGUUCAACAUUCUCUUCCAUCUCUACCAGGCUUUUUACAUGUACAUGCCUUGGAACGAGUCCUCAAUGACCAAAGAAAAUGGCACAGCCUUCUCAAACUCCUUCAGCGACAUUGAAAUAGCAAAGGCUGUUUUUGAUACAGCUUAUGGGACUGUAUUGAGGCGAGAAGCCGAGGACAUCCAAUGGAUGGACCUGUACAAAUAUGCUAGUACGCGCGAUGUGAUUGAAGUAUGUAUAUUCCAUACGCCGACUAGGAGAAACUUAGCAACUUGAGCCAGAAUGUAUGUCUGUCUUCUUGUUCCAUGACGAGACGGAGCCCCUCAACGAGACACAGACGACAUGGGCGAAAAUCGUCGAGGCGACCAAUUUUACGUAUGUCACCUCCAAGUUCAAGCCGUUUCUCGACGCGUCGUUGGACACAAAAGAGGAGCAGGAACAUGCUCGGAAAGCGCUGUGCAAGAUCUUUGGCGUUCGGGGCACCUUCAAGGUGACGCAAGAAACAAAAGAGAUGUACGAGUCCAGGCGAGUUGUGAUCCAAAACGCCGAAG